AUGGCACUAUCGAAAGGUACAAAAGCCAGAUUAGUGGCUAAAGGCUACACUCAACAAGAAGGCUUAGAUUUUUUUGAUACAUUUUCUCCAGUAGCCAAGAUCACAUCUAUAAGGUUGUUUCUUACUAUCGCAGCAAUUAAAAAUUGGCAUAUUCACCAACUAGAUGUAAAUAAUACUUUUCUACAUGAAGACUUACAUGAAGAAGUUUAUAUGGAAUUGCCCCCUGGAUUGGCUGUUAAAGGAGAACACAAAGUUUGCAAACUUCUCAAAAGCCUUUAUGGUUUGAAACAGGCCUCUAGACAAUGGUUUGCAAAACUAUCUACUGCUCUACUUGAAUAUGGUUUUACUCAAGGAAAUUCAGAUUGUUCUUUGUUCAUUAAGAAAUCAGAAUCCUCUUUUAUAGUACUCAUAGUAUAUGUUGAUGAUGUUUUACUGGCUAGUGACAGUUUACUAGAGAUUGACUUGCUCAAAAAUUUCCUACAUGACAAGUUCACAAUUAAAGAUUUGGGGGAACCCAAAUAUUUUCUUGGCUUGGAAGUGGCGAGGUCUAAAAAGGGCAUAUCAAUCUGUCAACGAAAGUAUGCCUUAGAUAUACUUCAAGACACUGGAGUUCUUGGUGCUAAACCUGCUACAUUUCCAAUGGAUUCAAAUCUUAAACUUACAGCAACAGAUUCUAAUCUUUAUGAAGAUCCUUUAGCUUAUAAAAGGAUGAUUGGAAUAUUAUUGUACCUAACAAUCACUAGACCUGAUCUUGCAUAUUCAGUUCAAGUUCUAAGUCAAUUUCUUGCCAAACCAGCUAUUAGUCAUUACCAAGCAGCCAUUAGAGUUCUCAGAUAUCUAAAGGCUACACUUAGACAAGGUCUUUUCUUCUCCUCUUCAUCAGAAUUGCAGCUAAAAGCCUUCUUCGAUAGUGAUUGGGCAGGGUGUAUUGAUACUAGAAGGAGUGUAACAGGUUUUGCCGUUUUCCUGGGCAACUCUUUGAUCUCAUGGAAAAGUAAAAAACAAGCUACCAUUAGCAAAUCUUCUGCAGAAGCCGAAUAUCGAGCCCUUGCUACAACAACAUGUGAAAUUCAGUGGCUCCUUUUUGCCUUGCAAGAUUUACAUAUUAGCCACCUACAGCUAACACUACUUUAUACAUAUAGUAAAUCAGCAUUAUCUAUUGCUACCAACCCAGUUCAGCAUGAGAGAACAAAGCACAUUCAAAUUGAUUGCCAUCUUGUUAGAGAAAAGCUGCAGCAAAACAUUAUUAAACUUUUUUAUAUUCCUUCAAGAUUGCAGUUAGCUGAUAUAUUCACAAAGCCUUUAGGCUCUCUUUAG